GAACUGGCAAAACCUACACAGGAAUCAAACUGGUAUCUCUAUUUAAUAAAAUCAAUGACAUUCAACAUAAAGAGGGAAAACAAAGAAAACAAGUUCUUUUUUGUGGACCAUCUAACAGAUCAGUUGAUCUUGUUGCAGAGUGGAUGUACAAUAGAAUGGGUAAUUAUUGCCCAGACUUUGUCCGUGUUUAUGGAAGGUCGAUUGAAGCUUUGGACUUUCCUAUACCUGGUAGAACUUUUCUGUCAAAGACCAGUACAAGAAAUCAGAAAACAUCACCUAUUUUAUACCCAGUGGCCCUUCAUCAUUUAAUUCGCCAAAAAGGAAAGAAAUAUGCAGAAGAGAUAAACGCAUAUGAUAAGCUUUUCAAGGCAAACAAUUAUAUGCCGAUGCCAGAGAAAGUUGCAGCGUAUGUACGCGUUGUCAGAGAAGCUUCAAUUGAUGAAAUCAGGAAACAUGAUGUUAUUCUUUGCACAACUGCUGUCGGGUCUAAUCCAAAGAUGUUAAAAGCUUUAAAUGUUCAUCAGGUUAUUGUGGACGAGGCUGGUAUGUGCACAGAGCCACAGUGUUUGGUUCCAAUAAUAGCCACAAAAGCUGAACAGGUUGUGCUUAUAGGGGACCACAAGCAACUGCGACCAAUCAUAAUGUGUAGGGAGGCUGGUUUACUUGGGAUGGAGAUGUCUUUGUUUGAGCGUUAUGCUGUAACAAAUACAAAACAGUUCAACAAUGUGAAGUUCACUAUGUUGGAACAGCAGUAUAGAAUGAACCCCCAGAUCUGUCGUUUCCCAUCAGCAAAUUUUUACAAAAACGCCCUGAUAACAAUGCCUGGUGCCUGGAGUAAAGGUAAAAUUCGUAUCUGGCCAAGGUGUCAAAACGAAAUAUACCCACACAUAUUUGUUCACGUUGAAGGAGAAGAAAAGGUGUUGACUGUGUCAACAGAAGAGGGAAAUGAACAAUCCAAGAGUAAUAUAGCUGAAAUUGAUGAAGUGAUUAAAGUAUAUUCUUACUUCACAAGAGAGCAACCAACAGAGUCUGUCAAUAUACUUUCCCAGUACAACGCACAGGUAUCAGAAAUAAAACGACGACUGAAAGAGGAUGGUUAUGUUGAUGAGAAUGUCAGUACGGUAGUUUCAAGUCAAGGAGGGGAAUGGGAUUAUGUGAUUUUCAGUACAGUAAGAUCUCUCCCUGAGUACAAGAUAGAAUCAAACCCUACAUUAGGUUGGUGUAAACACAACCUUGGCUUUAUCACUGACCAGAAUCAGAUAAACGUUGCACUAACUAGAGCAAGGAAGGGCCUGAUAAUUAUAGGGAACAAAAACUUGCUAUCUUCUGAUCAGUUCGUUUGGAAGAAACUGAUACAUCACUAUGAAAAUCUGGACUGCAUGAAGACACCAAAUGAAUUUCCACCACGGGUUGACCGCACGAGACUUCAGAAGAUGAAAGAACAUAAGUUAGAAAGUGAGCGGCGUUAUGGUGAAUCAAUGUACAUGUACAUCAAAGGAGAGGCAACAUCUUACACCGGGUCAUUUGAUGAUUGGCAAGAAUUCAGGAGAAAACGCCAUCGCCGUGGUCAGGAAAAUUUAUAGAUCAUUGCUAGAAAUGUGCUGAUUUGUUUGGAUUGUUUUACAUAUUGCAUAUUUGAUUUGUUUGUCGUGUUGAAAACAAAAUAUUUCAAAAUUAAUUUUAUAUUUAUUGUUAUAUACAAAAUGUAUGUACAUACGAGUAUGAUGUCAUAUUAUACAUUGAAUGCUUGAUUGCUUUUUUUUGUUGUGUGCUUAUCUUUAUAUUAUACUAAAAGUAUAGAUUAUCAGCAAGUUUAAAAUAUUAAUGUUCACUGUAAGUGUUGUAUAUACUUUUUAUUAUUGCCAUCUAUUUCAUUUUGGUAAACCAAAACAUACAUAACUUCAGUAUAAAUACCAUACGUUUUGUUGUUCUAAAAAUUCAUUCUUUAUUUCAAUGUGUUUAGUCGCUAACUUGUAAAUUUAGUUUGCACUAAAAUGAAAAUGUAUUUUUCCAUUUUUGAUAUAUAUUUGUCUUUUUUUUGCUUUUUUAAAUUAUUUCAUUGUAUACUUUGUCAGUUUUACAGAUUACAAUACGUAUGAAUAAUGUGUUUGCAAGAUUAUAGAUUACUGAAUGCCAUAAAACUGAUCCAUUUUCAUCUUUGACUGUCAAAUGAUUUCAUUUGUACUUUGACCAUUACUUACACUCUUUUAGAACGCGUCCACAAUUUUCAACUACAGGUAUUUGUUGCUUUAAUUGCUGUUGAAAGAUCGUCCACGUUUUACGACAGAUAGCAUAAUGAAUUGUUAUAUUCCCAAUUGCUUGAUAAUUGUUUGCAUAAUUACUCACUUCUACUUGGUUAUAAUGGAACAAUCCAGGAAUACUGAUUCUGUUUACUGUUGCCAGGUAACUUAAAUAAUUCAUAUCACAAAAUGUCAAACAAAUUCAAAUGAAAAUUGCUAGUGUUAGUAGCCUGAAUAAUUUAAACCCCAAUGUGAAGCAUUGUUCUUUUUAUGUUUAGUAAGAGACAAUGCAUUAAACAUAAAUAAUAGUUACAUUUUAAACACAGCUUUCAGCAAUGCUCAGGCAUAAUUCAUUUCUUACAUUAAUCUUGAUGUUUUCCAAAGAUAUUGCAAAGCGUUAACAAAACUUUAGUACGUAUUUUUAUGCCCACUUUCGAAGAAGAGUAUAUUGUUUUGCUUAUGUCGGUCGGGUGGUCUGUCUGUCUAUCUGUCGGUAAACUACAUGGUUUCCGCUCAUUGUCUUGAAAACUAUUUAUCACAAAGUAUUCAUAGUGAUUGGUCAUACUUGUAAGUCACCCCCAUUAAUUUUUGGGUCACUAGGUCGAAGGUCAAGGUCACAGAGUUAUUGAAUGCUAGUAUGGUUUCCGCUUAAUAUCUUGAAAGCUAUUUAUCACAAAGUCUUCAUAUUUAUAAUAUUGAUUGGUAAUAACUAUUAGAUGACCCCUAUUGAUUUUGGGCCACUAGUUCAAAGGUCAAUGUCACAGGGGCCUUAAAUGUCAGAAUGGUUUCUGCUCAUUAUCUUGAAAACUAUUUAUCACAAAGCCUUCAUUAUUUUUCUUUUUUUCCAUAAUUGAACACUUCCAUAUACCCAUUCAUAUUCAUGGCAAGUUUCUAUAACAAAAACAAAUAAUGUUAGUCAAGGGCUAGAAAGGGGGCAUAUGUGUCGUCCGACAUUUCUUGUUGUAAUUUUGUAUUCAUUUUCUUCAGUUCAAGAUACUUUAAAUGUGAUAUUUUUUUUUAAUUUUCUAGGCUGUGAUAUCUGUUAUAACUGACAUUGUCCCUUCGUCAGAAUUUUUAUGUUUAUUUUUUAUUCAGAAAGGAAAUAAAUCUUAACAUUAAAUUUUGUCAGCCAAUCAUUAUAGUAAUUAAUGCAUGGUUCUCAUUUUUUUCUCU